UUUUCAUGUCAUUGCACAAUCUUCGUGUUCUUGAUUUGAGCAGAACUAAAAUAUCAGAGCUGCCAAGUUCUAUAGGUAACGCGACAUCUCUGCGUUUCCUUGACCUCUCUGAAACACUCGUUACAAGGUUGCCUGAAACCAUAGAGUGCCUUCAAAAUUUGCAAACUUUGAAGCUCCAAAAUUGUCCUCGUCUACUAGCAUUACCAAAAGCCACCCGGAAGCUAACAAGCCUUCGACAUCUUGAUCUUGGUACCCUUCGUCGUAUACAUUCCAUGCCUGCUGGGAUCGGAGCACUAACAUACCUCCGCACUUUGUCAGAGUUUAUUGUUGGUAGAGAAAUUGGCUGCUGCAUUAGGGAACUCAGAAACAUGAAUGACCUUGGAGGAAAGCUUUGCCUUUCCAAGCUUGAAAAUGUUGCUGGCCUAGACGAUGCUGAGGAGGCGAACCUCAUAUCUAAGCAACGACUCAAGAAGUUGGAGUUUAGAUGGACUGAUGAUGAGUACCAAGAACAUAUCGGAGUAAAUCAUGAGGUGAUCAGCUAUCUACAACCGCACACAAGCCUCCAAGACCUACGGAUAGUUUGUUAUGGUGGAUCAACAUUUCCAAGUUGGAUUAGCCACCUAUCUUUUGUGAACCUCACAAAUAUAACCAUUUUUAAAUGUGCAAACUGUCAAAUACUGCCAUCUCUAGGCCAGCUACCUUCACUUGAAUCACUCAGUUUAAUCGAAUUGAUUGGAAUUAGAUUCAUUGAUAUUCACUUCCGGAGAAACAAGUUCAAUCCUUCUGCUGUUUACGAGGAGGAUCAAUUUGUUGCAUUCCCAGCACUGCAGAAAUUAGAGAUGAAAUCAAUGAUUAACUUAGAAAUAUGGAGCAACAUCGGAAGGUUCGACUUACCAUGUCUACAAAAGCUUUCAAUCAAGAAUUGCACAAAAUUAGCUGCUCUUUGUGAGCUCACAAACAUGAUUUCUCUUGAAUAUUUGGAAUUAAAUCAAUGCACCAAACUUCCAUCGUUGCCAAAUCAGCUAGAAUUAAUGCCUACUUCACUUAAAACAUUAGUGAUUGAAGAUUGUCCUUGUUUAGCUUAAGUUGUUCCAUGGAGGCUCAAGAUUGGGUUGAAAGUCAGCAUAGUCCUAAUUUGUUCAUAUACCAACGCGAAGAAGGGGCCGAAGCAGGGGCCGAAGAGCAGGGAAGGAGGAAAGCAGACCUUGUGCUUGCAAACUCAAAGUCAGAUUCUCAAAUUGCCUGUUCUGAUUCUGAAGCACAAGGUUUCCUUUCCUCGGAGAGACAGUAUGUAGCCUAUAGGUAAAACUUCAACUAUGGACAGUUUCUGUUUCUAAGUUCCUGCUCAUUUUGAGCUCAAGCUCAACUGUUCAUUAUGUAAUACUACAUGUAGCAUUAAACAAUAUCUUGAGACUCAACCCCUCAACGCCUUCACUUCUUUGCUCAAUUUUUCAUCCUUAGCAGUAUUCUGUAUAUGUAAUCCUAUGGUCUUA